CCAGGAUGCACUUUACCGGAAGUUGUCUGUCUCCAUGACAGUGUUGAUGUGAAGCUGACAGAACGAAUGUUAUGUAAACGCAGUUAGCGUUAGGGUUCCGGUUCUACACACACACACACACACACUCACACACACACUCACACACUCUCACACACUCUCACAGCACCGCGACAGUCUGAUUUCUCACCGCGGAAAUGGAGCAGUGUUAGCAGGGUGAUUAUCUGAGCGGCCAUCUGUCAGGCCGGGACAGGGGGACAGGGGGACAGAGCGCUGCUGAAUUGCUCUGAUUAUCGGAGUAUCGCGGUACCGCUGUUCAUGAUUCAGUUGUCAGGGAUGUGAAGCUGUGAGGAUGCAGGAGCGGCGGCCGGAGGAGGACCAGCGGCCCCGGGGACAGAACACACAAACACCGGCACAAACAGCAGGACAGGAGGAUGAUCUCCAGAUACAACCGCAGAGCCGUAAAACACAACCUGCACAGUUGUGGGGUUUCAUACACUGCUCUUGAUCAACACCCCCCACCUGAAGAUGCAGAGACGGAGUGUGUGCCCCAGUCAGGGGCAGUACAGCAAACUGCAUCCACCUGUAACAGGUUGGUGUGUCCAUCAGUGGUUGCCGUGGAGACGAGCAGGGUUUGGUCUGGGAUUGACAGUUACGCAGACACAGGAGUGAGCACUGAACGCAGCUCUGUCUUCUCCUGGGCUUAUGAUGAGUUUGAUAAAGCAGCGUCUCGUCAGGUCCAGCUGCUCUUUGAGGAGAUUAAUGAGGAGCUGUAUGAGGGAAGAGGAGGAGUGCAGCAGGAUGAGUGUAAACUGUGGACAUCUCGAUUCCCUCAUCUACGGAUCCUUGGAAAGCAGGUGGUGUGUCCCACAGACCAAGGGUUCCAGUGGUUCUCUGCCUCUUCUCACAACAGCAGCUCUGGGACUCACAUACAGAGCACAGGUUGUGUGCAGGGACACAGGGCUGCUCUGUGUAGGGAGGUCACACACAUGCCUGACUCCUGUGGGUCUCAUGAAGAUGAGUUGCAUCAAGUAAUAGAAGAAGAAGAAGGAAUGAUGGAGGAAUACCUGGCCUUUGACUGGAGAGAUAUUGAUGAGGAAUGUGUGUGUGUGAGCAGGAGGACACACACUUUGCCCCCCGUGUCUCCGUAUCGCUGCAGGAGGGAGGCGGUGCUUGACAUCCUGUUUGAUGACGUGUGGCAGGAGCUGAUUGGUUGCAUGGAGGAACUUCUGAUGAGACUGUGGGAGGGCUGUAGCUCUGAUGAUGAAAAGAGUUCAGCAUCUCUCAGUCCGCCACCACCCCCACCACCACAUCAUCAUCAUCAUCAUCAUCAUCAUCAGCAGCAUCAUCCAUCCGUCAAUCCCUCAGGCCUGAAGUCCAGCAUGUCCAGCACUCUGCCACGCCUCGGCCCUCAGACACAAUACACUCCACACUCCUCACACACUCUGAGCACAAAGUCGAGGAGCUCAAAGUUGAGAUGGAAAUCCAAAAAGCAGAGAAAGCCACCUACUCCCAGUCGGGUGUGUUCAGGAUCAGCAGCAGUGCAGCAUCACACUCUGAAUGAGCUGAUUGUGGUUCACGGUCUUCCUCUGCGGCAGCGCUACACAACUGCACCGGAGCACACUGCACAUGACUCAGAGGAGAGGACGAACCUCUCUAAACCCCGUCCUCGCCGCUCCCUGGAACAAAGUCCCUCCCCUUUACCCCACCCUCCUCCUUCCUCACGGAGACGACCCCUCCCUCCUCGCACACUCGCCCCCCUGACUCAGUCCAACAUAGCAGGAAACAUGGAGGACAUAAUCAGAGGGACAAAACUAGCCCCAGCUGGUGAUCGCCUCUCCUCUUCAACAAUGACUCUUAGCAAGAACACACUCCUUCCCCCCAUUGGCACUGCAGACAAAGAACACACACACUCUGGACAUCACACACGCCUCUUUCAGAGAGCUCCCUCCAGUUAUGCUCAUAGUGCUGUAGCAGAUGAGGCUGGCAGCCUGUUGGCCUUCUCCAGACCCAACACCACACACACCUUCAGGUCAGAUACACCUCAUCGCCGUUCUUUCACUGUUAUGGACAGCAGUGGGCUGGUGAGACCGGGCAGAGCGUCUAUCGGCACUGAUUCCUUGGGUAUUGGAGUAACUGGGAUUAGUUUGGGUGUUAGCAGCUCCUCCUACCUGGACUCCUUUACCACUCACACCAUUGACCACACCCCCAAAAAGAAUGGGGAGGAGCCUGAAGGUAGAGCCCCACCCCCUGCACUGCUUGUUCCUGGAUCUCUUCAGUCACAUAGUAGAGGAGGCUCUAUGACACACAACAACAGACCAGGACCUUAACACACACACACACACACACACACACACACACACACACACACACACACACACACACACACACACACACUGGUUUCUUAGCAGAUCUUUUCUACAACCUUUAUGUAUUGUAAUUAUUGUUCUGAUGAUUAUUAUUGUAGUUGUUUGAUAUUUUAGAGUCCUAUUUUUGUACAACUGCCAAAGACAGUAACACACACACACACACACACACACACACACACACACACACACACACAUGGUGCCAUGUUGUUACUGUAAACCUCUUUGGUUCCUGUGUGAAAGCAAUGGGACUAUGAUGAACACUACAGUGGCAUAAGGAUUUUUUUAUUCUACUUUUUUAUUGAUUGUUGUCAGGAAACAAACCUUUGUGAUCAAAGCCUUAGUGCUGUAAGCCAUAACCCCAAAACACACACACACACACACACACACACACACACACACACACACACACACACACACUCUUUAAUGUUUAAAUGGGGAAAAUCUAAUGUUACACUUGAAUGAUGAAAUAAAGUUUUUUAAACUUCA